AUGCAGGUUAAUGGGCAUCCAGCGUUCACAGGUGAACAAGCAAAUAAAGCUCUCAAAGCUUAUAAAGAACGUAAAAAAGCUCGUCAAAAGGCGCGUGAAGAAGAAGCGUGUUACGUAGAAUAUAGAAAAGCAGAAAUUUUAGCGAAAUUUAAACCAAGAGUAUUUCCAAAACGUCGCAAAGGAGCGAUGGGUUUUGGUGAACGAAAAGCACAUUAUUUAUCAAUUCGACCGAAACCAAUGUAUGCAACUUGGCUUGGAAGACGAAGAAACGUAAUUGAGGCAAAUAGUAUUCAACUUUUUUUGAGUUUACAUUUUCUCACUGAUAACUUCCAGCCAAGAGCUGGACCUUCUCCAAUGGCAAUUGCUGCAUCAGUUGAUAUGACAGAUCAUUCAGCUUUGCCAGAAUUCAGCAGAUUAUCAGGCAGAGAUUAUGACAAGAGUGUGGAUUUUUUGGGGAAAAAAUCAUCAUCUAAGGAUUUGCAACUGUCAGCUAUUGAUAAACGAAGUCAUUUACUGAAGACAAGCACUGAUUUCGAAUGUGAAGCAAGCCAAAUUAAAGCAGGCAUAUUUGGAACAAAUGCAGAUUGUCCACUUAUAAAUGGCAUACCUUUCUGGCUCGUUGAACUACCACAGCAAGUUUCGCCUUUGACCUCUUUGAUAACUACUUCAUAA